UUGCAUUGCACACAAUCACCAAAAUAGGACAGAAGCGACCGCCUGUGACGUCGCUGCCUGCUCUAAAUUGAGCUCUCUUUUGCUUUUGUGUGUUUAUGGAGAGGAGCAACCAGAGACGGCAGUCAUCGAGGAGCAUUCAUGGACAAAAGAAAGAUACAAUGUCACACCAGGAGAACGAAGUUUACACCUAUGACUUCUGUGACCCGGACCAUCCAGCUGAGCUCCUGGAUGCUCUCAGACAUUUCUACCUGAAUGGACUCUUUACCGACGUCACCUUGCAAUGUGCCGAUGACUCGGGUCAGGUGUUCCACUGCCACAAGGCACUACUGUCGGCAAGGAGCUCCUAUUUCCAGAUCAUGUUCACAGCUGACAUGAAGGAGAGGUCCAACAGUGUCAUUGAGCUGGCCGGAGUGGAUUGCGAGGUCCUGGCGGUUUUGGUCAACUACGUUUACACAGCUCAGGUGAGCAUCACCGAGAAAAACGUGCAAAGCCUGCUGGAGGCCGCAGACCUGCUGCAGUUCGUGUCGGUCAAACAAGCGUGCGAAGGCUUCCUCGUUCGCCUCCUGGACGUGGACAACUGUCUUGGUAUGCAUGCGUUCGCUCAACUCCACUUGUGUCGUCGACUGGAGCGUGAGGCCAGUAGGGUGAUGCUGAGCAGGUUCGCAGAGCUGAUCCAGCAGGAGGAAUUCCUCGAACUGGAUCCUGAUAGGAUCCAGACACUUCUGGCUGCUCAGAAGCUCACCGUGCCGACGGAUGAAAUGUUGAUCGAUGCGGUGGCCAAAUGGGUCAUCCACGACCUGGAGAGCCGUGUUCAUCACACUGUGGACCUGCUGGAGUCAAUCCAUCUGGACCUGGAUGACAGUGAUUUCAAGGCUACCUUAGAGCUGCAAAGGAAAAGCUUAGUGGGGGAUGACGAGAGAUUUAAAUCAAUGAUCACGAGGGCUUCAAGACCCAAAAGUAAGUCGAUAACCACUGGUGGGAAAACAAGCCUAUACAUUAUUGGAGGAUAUUACUGGCACCCACUUUGUGAAGUUCACAUAUGGGAGCCCACAAGGGACACGUGGCUGCGAGGGAAAGACAUGCCCGACCAUGCGAGAGAAAGCUACAGCGUCACUUUACUCGGGGCGAAUAUUUAUGUGACAGGGGGCUACAGGACCAACACAGUUGAGGCCCUUGAUACUGUUUUUAUUUAUAACUGUGACUAUGAUGAGUGGACGGAGGGCUGCCCCAUGAUUACAGCCAGAUACUACCAUUGUUCUGUUGCUUUUCACGGCUGUAUUUACGUCAUCGGAGGCUACACGGGAGGAGCACCGGAGCAGGAGACAGAAUAUUAUGAUCCACUCAAGAAGAAGUGGUUCCCUGGAGCGAGAAUGAUCCAAGGUGUAGGGAAUGCCACUGCUGGUGUAUUGGGAGACAAAAUCUAUGUGACCGGGGGCCACUAUGGGUUCAGAGGCAGCUGUACCUAUGAGAAAAUCCAGGUCUACAGGCCGGACAUCAGCGAGUGGAGCAUCAUUACCAUAAGCCCUCAUCCAGAGUAUGGCUUGUGUUCUGUGUCCCUUGAGAACAAACUCUAUUUGGUGGGUGGACAGACGACUAUUGCAGACUGCUACGACACACAGAGGGAGGAAUGGAGCUCAAUAUCAGUCAUGAAGGAGAGGAGGAUGGAGUGCGCCGCUGCGGUCAUAAACGGAUGCAUCUACGUCACAGGAGGCUACUCUUACUCCAAAGGGUCUUAUCUGCAAAGCAUUGAGAAGUACGACCCGCAACUGGACACUUGGGAGAUUGUCGGGACGCUUCCCAGUCCAUCCAGAUCACACGGAUGCGUCUGUGUGUACAGUGUUUAAUGUGAAGAUCUUUACAUGCUGCUUUGACUUGUCAUUUUGUGCCAAAUAUAUUGAACAAACAGAUGUUCCCAUUGGAAACUAUGCAAUACUAUUUAAUGAAGCGACUUGUCGAGGACCUGAUACUUAACUCUAUUAUAUGCCUGUUAAAAUGUGAGAAUUGGUGUUUUUUUUAUUAAGUACAAUUAUUACUGGCUGCAUUGGAUGUUCAAUUCCUCAUGAAUUAACCUUCACGUAUUGAAACAACAAUAACCUUGAUUGACUUCCUGGGGCUGUUACAUUAGCCUGUGGAAAUCCAACUGCUUUGCACUGAGCCAUUGUAGUGUGUUUGUGGCGGUACUACUGAUGAUUUAAUUAGUGACACAUUUGUUUGCGCCAAAUCAUUUGUCCUUUCUAGAAUAAUGCCACUGAGUUACUUGAGUAA